UGCUUUACCUGCUUUACACCUCUGCUGUGAAGGAAACAAGCGCGUGAGGAUGGUGCUGCGUCUAGCCGUGUGUGUUGCAGGGGUCAUCAUGCUCAACAUAGCAGGCUCACACUGCCAGUUAAAUGUGUGUGGACAAGCCCCUCUUAACCCCAAGAUUGUUGGAGGGCAAAGUGCAGCUGAGGGGUCUUGGCCGUGGCAAGUGAGCAUUCAUUAUGUUCCAAAUGGAGGUCUUAUAUGCGGAGGGAGCCUAAUCAACAAAGACUGGGUUUUGUCUGCAGCUCAGUGCUUUCAGGAAUUAACCACAUCGACCACAGCGAUUUACCUGGGACGUCAUCAGCUAAUAGGCAUAAACCCCCACGAGAUAUUCAGAAACGUGUCAAAAAUCAUCAUCCAUCCUAAAUAUAACCCUAUUAAUCUUGACAACGACAUAGCGCUGGUCCAGCUCUCCUCUUCUGUGAAUUUCACUGAUUAUAUUAGGCCAGUCUGUCUGGCGGCUGCUGGCAGUACAUUUGCUGCAAAUACUGACAGCUGGGUCACUGGAUGGGGAAAGCUCAAUUUUGGAGACACCACUAUUCCAAACUUACUGCAGGAGGUGAAAAUAGCAGUCGUCAGCAACAGCGAUUGUAAAUCUGCCUAUGGAAGCUUAAUUACAGACAACAUGCUGUGUGCCGGACCAACCAAGGGUGGGAAAGGCUUUUGUCAGGUAAGAAGUCAGCCAGUGUCUGAGACGGAGGCGGUCCGUUGCUCAUCAAGAGCUCACAGUGGAUUCAGUCUGGCAUCGUGA